GUGGUGAAGUUGGUUAGCAAAUACAGCCGAGACAGCAGCGACGAGUAAAUGAGAAUUCGAGCUUCUCUGCGGCUCCGAACGAGAUAAAAUAACCUCUAACUGACGGACUAUGGAUGUUAGUUGUGUUUCUGUUGAAUGGAGUUAAAGGCUGUAUGGGACAUGCUAAAUCCAAUUGCACAGUUGUAAAUUCAGUGCAUAUGAAGUUUAUAUAUAUUGUGUCUUGCAGAAGAGAAAAUCUGACAACAGACAGCGAUGAAACAGCUGCAUCCUGCAUGUGAAGCACCUUAAAGAACGUUGAUCUGUGGGAGAAGCCCAGAAGGAUUGUUUUUUUUUGGACUUGCACACAGCAGUAAUGUUUGCGAAGCUAAAGAAGAAGAUAGCAGAGGAGGCGGCUACCGGUCCUCGCACUGGACGCAUGCCACGAUCCAUGAGCAAAGAGUCCAUCACCUCGGUGGGAGCAGACUCUGGGGAUGACUUUGCGUCAGAUGGCAGCAGCUCAAGAGAUGACCUCUCUUCUCAGAUUUUGCGCAGGAACGACCAGAUCAGAAAGCUGGAGGUCAAGCUCUCAGACUACGCUGAACAGCUUCGGCUAAUGCAGAAGACCAAGGAGAAGCUUGAGAUUGCAUUAGAGAAGCAUCAGGAUUCCUCUUUACGGAAGAUGCAGGACCAGAAUGAAAGCUUCCAGGCUAACAGAGCCAAGAUGGCAGAAGGCAUGGCAUUAGCACUGGAUAAGAAAGACCAGGAAUGGAAGGAGAAGAUGGCAGCUUUAGAACAGGAAAAAGCCUCAUUAGAAGCUCGUCUAGAGCAGAGUUUGAGUCUGUUUCAGAAGAGGGAUGAGCAGGAUGAACUCGAAGGUUUCCAAAUGCAGGAACUGGCCAAAGUCAAACACAUGUUGUUGCGGAAGGAGGAGCAGUUGAGUCUUCGUGAACGAGAACUGAAGCAGAGAGGAGAAGAACUGAACACAGCACGUCUUACACUCUCUCAAACUCAGGACAAGCUGUAUGAGCUGGGAGAGGAGCAUGAGGAGCUGUCCAGGAUCAACUCUCAGCUACGAACCCAAAGAGAUGAGUUCCUGAGUGAGAAGGAGGAGUUGGAAAAGAAGAUGACCGACAUGGAAGCCCGAGAGCAGGAGCUCCAGCAGCUCAUCCAGCAGGUUUCAGAAGACUUUCAGAAGGCACAGAAUAAGGCAAAAUCCUUACAAAAAUCAAUGGAGACGCUACAGACUGAACACAGCGAACUGAAACUACAGCAUGAACAGCACAAGAGCAAGGUUGCAAUGACUGAGGAAGAGCGAGAGCGGCUGUUAGCUGAUCUGCAGCAGAAAGCCCUCUCUCUAGAGCGGAGGCUGGAGGCCAACCUCUCUCAGGAUGAACAUCUACAGGAGCUGCUUAAAGAGAAAUCCACAUUGGAGCAGAGAUUAGAGGACACGAGGGGUGAGCUACUGGAGGAACGAACCAACCACACUACAGCAGUGAGCACUCAAGAGGCACAGAUUUCCAGGCUGAACACUAACGUGUCUGAACUCCAGACGCUUCUGAGACACAAAGAUGACUCAUCCAGAUCCUACAGAGAGAGAACGGACUCGCAGAUAGCAGAUUUGGAGCAGAGACUGACGGACUCCAGUGAGAGGCUGAAGGUGUUGGAGCAGCAGCUGGCAGAGAGUCAAACACAUAAAGAGAAACUGCAGGCGGAGUGGUUGGAGGAGAGAGAGAGGUUACAGCAGCAGGUCAGCACUCAAAGACAGAGAGGCCUGGAGAAAACAGCUAAACUGGAGGAGGAGAUACUGAAACUGCAGCGGGAGAGAGAGGCUGAGAACAGCGCUCAAAGCGACAGCAUGCGGUUGCUUGUUGAGGAGAAGGAUUCUCUGCUAAAGAGUAAAGCUGAGACUGAAAAUACAGUGGAGGAACUCAAAGCAGAGCUCCAGCAGUCCAGAGUGGAGCUGAGCAGUAGACAGACUGUGAGUGUGGAGAUCGCUAAAGCUUUGGAAGAAACAAGAAAGCAGAGAGAAGAGCUGCAACAACAGGUCGCUGAGAUGUCAGAGUCUCUGCAAAGGGCAGAGCAGGAGGUGCAUCAGCUCACGGAGCAGGUGGGAGUGAAAGAGGCGGAGCUUAGCAGUCUAAGAGAAGACUUGCAGACGACCCGUACGAGUCUCUCAUCACUGCAGGCUGAGUAUGAGGUUUUCCGUCAAGAGGCGGAGCAAAAAGAACAGGAGAGAAACUCCCAGAUUGAAUCACUGCGCCAGGAGCUCCUCACACACAGUCAGCAACAUGACUCUUACCAGUCAAAGGUGUUUGACUUGCAGAGUGAGGUGGAGAGUCUAACAGCCCAGCUGCAGGAUGCUGAGGUGUGUGUUAGUGAGCAGAAUGGGGUCGUUGCCAUAGGUGACUUGGACCAGCUGCAGAAAGCAAACAAAGAGUUAGAGCAGCAACUAAGUGAAAAGAACAAGACAAUAAAACAACUGCAGCAGAGAUUGGCAGAACUGAAGAGGACCUUUCAGAAAGAGCUGAAGCUAAAACCAGACAACGACACAGACGGUAAGGAGAAGCUUUCGGACGGGCGGCAGGAGCGUCCAGAAAAGCCCAGCACAGAGACCACCGUCCCAGCAGCCACAUCAACUCCAGCCCCCACCUUCUCUAACACCACUGGCCUUGCAGCUAUUACGCCACACACAACGGUUACCAACAGCUCAGACCUGAUGGACACACGGGAGAUCAACUUUGAGUACCUCAAACACGUGGUGCUGAAGUUCAUGUCCUCCAGAGAGGCUGAGGCAUACCAGCUGAUCAGAGCUGUUUCAGUGCUUCUGCAUUUCACACGAGAGGAAGAAGACAUGCUGAAGCAGACGCUGGAGUACAAGAUGUCAUGGUUUGGCUCCAAGCCCUCACCCAAAGGCAUCAUCCGGCCAUCCAUCUCAGGAGCCCCAAGCAGUUGGAGCUGAGACUGAAAUGUAAGAUGUUUUGCUUUAGGCCAGAAGGAGGAGGAACGCUUGGAGGAAAGCAGCCUUAAUAAAACAUAGGAAAAUGUAUGGGUGAAGGCAACGUUCUUACAGGUCCUGGGCUCCACUGGUUCCUCCAAAGCUGAUCUUUCUCCUCUUGAAGACCGGAGAACAGCUUCUGUCUGCUAUUCUGGGUUCUUGGGUUUUUCUCGGCAGAUGGGUUUGUCCUUAACAAGGAUCGGCUUGUGGGCGAUAAACUAAGGUGAUUUCAGCCUUCACGCUCCAGCCCUGGGAUUCUUCAUCUCAGGAUUUUUUGGAAUAACAAGUCAGCAUUCGUUCAAAUACUGGAGGAAGGAGAGAGAGAAGUGUGCAGUGAAAUAUCCUGCAGUCUAUCGCCACAGAGAUCAUCUGUAUUGUUAAAGAAAAUACUUUACUUAUGAGAAUAGAGCUUUUCUUUGCUGUUUUCUCGUAAACUAUUUGAGAAUGAAGGUGUUGGCGGUCAGCCAGCAGCCGUAUGUACGUGCUUUUGUACCAGAGUGCAUGAGCAGACCUGAUGGUUCGUGCGCUGGACCAUCAGUGGAGAACUUGUUUCAGUGAAAUAUCAUUGCUAUAGACUCCCAUUUUAACGAUGCAUCUUACCUUUACCUGCCUUGUGUAUGUGUAAAUUACAAUUACGUACAUUCCAUACGUCUAUUUAUAUACAAAACUGUACAUAGCGAAUGAAAGGUUUAUAAAAUCAUCGGAUGUAUAAUUUCUUUCCCCUCACCACUGUAUUUAGGACAUUUUUUUAAAUUAUUAUUCUAUUAUCUAUCAUAUAUGGGACUAGCUGUGUGUCUGAACGAUGGAAUGAGUUUGGAAGCUGCAGUGUUUCUGAACUCGUGCAUUAAAAGAAAGCAUGCAUGUAUGCCUUAUACUGAACCCUUCAGUAUUAAUGAAAUGAAGGAACGCAAUCUUAAUUUGUAGUCAUUUUGGGCUCAAUCUAAACGUAACACAGGAUCUAAUAUGUUGAUUCUGCCUAUUAAUAUUAUAACAGUUGAACGCAAUUAUUUGACCUGAUAAUGUUAAUAAAAACUGUUUAAAAAAAAAAUCUUACCAUUAAUUUUUCCAUUAAUGGUACAGCAGAGAUGCAAUUUGUGACAACCCAGGUCCCUUUUGUUAUUUAGCAUGUUUGGUCAAGCUGAGUCUAUUAAGACUUUAAAGAAAAGAAAUCUAAUGUUGUUAACAAUGAUUGGAGUCAGUAGCCACCAAUUUACCUAUUAAUAGUAAUGCAGCAGGGCUCUGAGUGGUCCAGCAGGCUAAGCGCUGCCACUAUGAUCAGAAGAUCGCCGGUUCAAAUCCUGUUUAUGUAGCUUGCCAUCAGCUACCAGAGCCCUGAGAGAGUACAAUUGUCCUUGCUCUCUCUGGGUGGGUAGAUGGCGCUCUCUCUUCACAUCACUUCAAAGGGUGAUAUCUGCAACACAAGGAGUCUGUUAUCAGCAGCAGUUCAAAAAUAGGUGGUGGUUGACUUCACAUGUAUUGAAGGACGCAUGUGCUAGUCUUCACUUUCCUGGUGUUGGGGCAUUACUAGUGAUAGGGGGAGUCCUAAUGAGUGGGUGGGGGGAGAAAAGUAAAAAAGUAAAAAAAAAAAAUAGUAAUGCAGUGAUACUGUUGGUGACUACACACACCCCUUUGUUAUUAGCAUUCUUAAUCAAGCUGUUUCUUAUAGGACCUUGAAGAAAAAACGUUUUUAGCAAUGACUGGAAGUCAGUAGCCAACAGUGUGCCCAUUAAUAAUAAUAAUAAUAAUAAUAAUAAUAAUAAUAAUAAUAAUAAUAAUAGUAAUGCAGUAACUGACAGUGAAACCAAUUUGACAAUAAUAAAGAAUUAAUAAUGUUGCUAACAUUGCCUAUUAAUGAUAUUUUAGUCAUGCUAUUUGGUGACUAUGGUAUAACUUCACAUUCCUUAGUUGUUAGCAUGAUUACUCGAGCUGUGUCUGUUGAAAUCCUGAAGAAAAAGGCUGCUAAUGUUAAGAUGUUAAGAAAUACUCUCAUUCAUUUGCUGUUAGGAUAAGCUGUUUCUAUUAACACCACAAAUGAAAAAGCUAAUGUUGCUAACAACGAAUGAACGACAAUGCUAUUUGGUGACUCCUCACAUGCCUUUGUUGUUAGCAUGUUAGCAUGUUAUACAUUUUGACCAGGCUGUAUAAUAUUAAACCAAGAAGGAAAAAGCUAACAUUGCUAACAGUGAAGAAAAGUUAACAGUAACCAAUUUAACCUUGAAUGGUACUACAGUCUUGCUAAAUGGUGGCUGUUUUUCAGCCUUUUGUUGUUAGCAUGUUAAAAUGGCUAGGCUAAAUAUUUAAAACCUUCAAAAUGUUACUAAUACAAUUAAUGUAGUUGGUGGCUCUCCAUUCAUUAUUUCCUAGAAAGCACAUUUGGGUUAGGGUUAGGGUUAUUAUAAUAGAGCUGUUUCUAUUAAAACCUUUAAAAUGGCUAGUGUUGCUAAUACAGUUAUGCUAAUUGGUGGCUCUCCCUUUAUUAUUAGACAGUAAGUACAUCUGGUCAAGCUGUUUGUAUUAAGACCUUAAAAAUGGCUAAUGUUUUAAACAAUGGAUGAAAUUCGGUAUCCACAGAUUUACCCUGGUCAUACAGGCAUGCUAUCUGGUGACCACUUGCGUCCCUUUGUAAGGUUAGCUUGUUUGAAUGUUGGGUCAUGCUGUAAAUGAAAGCCAGCAGUAACUAAUCUGCCCACUAACUGUAAGGCAGUCAUACUUAUUGGUUACUAAUUGAUGGCUACUUGCAUUCCUUUAUUGUUAGCCAUAUUAGCAUUGAAGAAUAGAUUAUAGCAGCUGGGAGUGAAGUUUGCAUUUCAGUAUUCAGUUUGAUCACGUUACGACUGCUCUUUCUCUUCUUCCCAAAUGUUCUUUCCGCAUCAAAUGGAAUUAUUUACAGUUUUUGUUUCACAAUCUUCCAAUCUUCGUUAUCUUCCAGUUCAGAGCGUUUUCCGAACUGCUCAGAAGUCUGGUUCAUUCCACUGUGUACCGCCUGAUCAGACGUGAGUAGCCUUCCCAUCUGAGGGAGACUGGUGUGUCCCAUUAGCUUGAGCUGGCCCAAGGAAUCCAUGAACUUAACAAUAUGCCCUUUUGCAGAUAAAUCCUAUUUUUUUUGUCCUAUCUGUCUCUUUCUGGUUUGCGAUACUGUAGCAAUCACAGCAAACGCAGCAAUCAAACAGAAUCCUACAGUGUCCAAGGCUUCGUUCCGACACCACUAACAUGUUUGAUUUGUCUUUGUGGUUUGUCAACAAUAUCAAGACUUGAAUAAAUCAUAUUUGAUUUUGCUGGCAA